AAAAAAAGUGACAGCGGCCAAAGCGCAUGGCAUUCCGCAGAUAGACAAGCCGACGCACCAUCAUGGAGGCUGGCGCCCGCGUCUGGGUCAAGGACGACGACGAGAUAUGGGUCCCGGGCGUCGUGGACGAGUGCCACGACCUGCACCGCGUGCGCGUCCGGCGCGACGGCGGCCGCGGCGACAUUGACAUCGACCUGCGCCAUGGCGCCGAGGUCGAACCGAGCUUGCACCUGCGCAACGACGUCGACGACUUUACGAACGUGCCCAACUUGAUCCAGCUCCAGUAUUUGCACGAGCCCGAGCUGCUCUUUGCGGUCGCGAACCGCUUCGAGCACGACCUCAUCUACACGUACAUUGGCGACAUUCUGCUUGCGUUCAACCCGUUCCGGCCCAUCAACAUGUACUCGAUGCAGCACGUCCGCGCGUACGAGGCCAUGGACAGCGACGCGCCGCCGCAUGUGUUUGCGAUCGCGUCGAUGGCGUACCGCUGCAUGCGCGACGAGAAGAAGAACCAGUCGAUCUUGGUCUCGGGCGAGUCGGGCGCCGGCAAGACAGAGAACACCAAGUUUCUCAUGCAGUACCUCGCGACGGUCGGCGCACCGACGUCCUCGAUGACUUCAAGUCCGGCCAAGACGCCGGCCAAACGUCAAAGUCGGCUCAAGACGCCAGUGACGACACCCGUGACGACGACGACGGUCAUUCAGACGCAGAUUCUGCAGACCAACCCGAUUUUGGAGGCGUUUGGGAACGCCAAGACGGUCCGCAAUGACAACUCGUCGCGCUUUGGCAAGUUUAUCGCGCUGCAGUUUGGCGCCGACCACACGAUUGUCGGCGCCAAGAUCUCAGUGUACCUCCUCGAGAAGAUCCGGCUCAGCCACCAGUCGCUCGGCGAGCGCAACUUUCACAUCUUUUACGAGCUCUGCGCCGGCGCCGACGACGACCUCGCCGACUUGCUCGAGCUGAGUGCGAUGGAAGACUAUGCGAUUUUGAGCCAGAGCGAGUGCUACGAGCGGCGGUCGGUCGACGACGCGGCCCAGUUUGGCCUGACGACGCAAGCCUUCCGGGACAUGGGCGUCCCGGACGACGAAACCACAUCGAUUCUGAGUGUCGUCGCCUCGCUUCUGCACCUCGGCAACGUCGCGUUCGACGCGGUGAAUUCGUCGACGUCCAACUUGGAGAUGGCGGCGAUCGCGGCUUCGUCAGCAUCGCACUUGGCCACGGCGUCGCGGCUCCUCGGUGUGUCCUCCGAGGCGCUUGUGACGGCGCUCGUGACGCGCCGGAUCCAUACGACGCGCGAGGUCGUCGAGGUCAAGCUCACGGCGGCGCAGGCCGAGGACGCCAAGCAGUCGCUCAUGCAGAGCAUCUACGGCGGUCUCUUCCUCUACAUUGUCGAGCGCCUCUCCAACAUCAUUUGCCAUGACCGCGCGUGCGUCACGACGAUCGGGAUCCUCGACAUUUUUGGGUUUGAGAACCUCCACACGAACGGGUUUGAGCAGCUCUGCAUCAACUACGCCAACGAGCGGCUCCAAGCGCAGUUCAACGACCUCGUCUUUGCCAAGGAGCAGCGCAUGUACGCGUCCGAGGGCAUCGAGUGGAAGUACAUUGAGUUUCCUGACAAUGCCCCGUGCCUCCAGCUGCUCGAAGAUCGCCCCACCGGCAUGUGGUGUCUCCUCGACGAAGAGUGCAUCUUGCCAAAGGGCUCAAACGAAGCGUGGAUCACCAAGUUGUACCAGACGUUUCUGCCGCUGGAAGAGCCGAGUCCAAUACUCCCGAGCCGACGCGUCUCGAGCGCUGACGUGAGCCGUCGACCACCGGUCGUCGACCGCCGUAUGUCGUACGACGGGCUCACGAGUCAUGGUGUUGCCGGCUCACGGCCGUUCUACGCGUCACGCACGCAGCAAGCUAGCUUUCAGUUUGUGAUUGGCCAUUUCGCCGGGCGCGUCAUGUACGAGCUCGACGCGUUCCUUCAGAAGAACCAAGACGCGCUGCCGGCCGAAGCCGUCGCGCUCUGCCAAGGCUCGUCGGCGCCGAUGGUGCAGGCACUGCUGGGUGCGCCCAAGCGUGGUGGCAAGCAAAGCACAGCCAACAAGGGUCUCUCGCGGGCACCGAGCAGUCUUCGCACCGCCAGCGUCAGCGCCCAGUUCAAAUCCCAGCUUGACGACCUCAUCAGCGUCAUUGGCAGCACGCAAGCUCGGUACAUUCGGUGUGUCAAGUCCAACGACGCCGGCGCACCCCGCUGUCUGCACAAGCCCCGCGUGAUCCAGCAGCUCCGGUCCGGCGGCGUCCUCGAAGCUGUCCGGAUCGCUCGCGCCGGGUACGCGGUCCGCGAAGACCACGGCCAUUUUGUCCAAGCGUUUGGCUUCCUGGUGCCCAAGCCCAAGAAGCCCAAAGCCGGCAAGACGCCACCAAGUGUGCACCGGGGCGACGGCACGAAGCAGCGUACCGAGCUCGUCGUCGCCGCGGUGCUCCUCGCCCUCGACGCACCGGACGCGGCGCUCGCCAAGACGAUCCUGAGCAACGGCAAGUACUCCCGCACCGAGCUCCAAGACGCGUGCGGUCGUGCCGGCUUCCAGCUCGGGUACUCGAAGAUUUUCUUCCGGAAAGAAGUGUACAACCAGCUGCGCUGGCUGCGUCGGCAGACGUUGACCGCGUGCACGCUCCAGCUCCAGCGACUCUACCGUGGGCACGUCGCCCGCGAGGAAGCCCGCGCCCGCCACAAGGCCGUGCAAGUGCUGCAAGCCUGGGCAAGAGCGGCGCUGACGGUGCGGCGCCAGCGCAAGGCGAGUGCAACUCGAAUCCAAGCGGCUUUUCGCCGCCAUGCCGCACGGACGCGCUACUGCUGCCUGCGCAACGGUGUGGACGCCUGCCAGCGCUUUUGGCGCUCGCGUCGCAUUUGGCGGGCGGCCCGGGAGGCCCGCGACGCGCGCCUCCGCGCCGAAGAAGCCACGGUCGCCGGACAGCUGCGCAAGCAGCAGGAAGAGCUGGCCCGCGCGCGCGACGCGAUCGAAGCCGCGGCCGCCGCCGAACGAGCAGCGCUCGCUGCCGAGCGGCAACGACAAAAGGACGAAGAGGCCGCGACACGGGCGGCAUGGGCGGCCGAGCGCGCCGCGGCGGAAGCUGCCCACCGCGAAGCGUUCGAGCGCGAGCUCCAAGCAAUGCGGGACGAGCUCCAGCGGCAAACGGACGAAGCCGAGGCCGCGCGGCGGCGCCAUGACAACCUCGAACACGACCGUCGUGUCGAGGCACCUGGCGUCCGUCCGCACGUGUCAACCUCCAGCCCGCACGCCCGUCGCCUUGAGGAAGACGAGCACGAGCGGCGUGCGACAGCGCGCGAGGCCAUCGUCGUUGAAGCCGCGCGGGUCGCAAGCUCUCGGCACGGCCAUAGCUCGGUGACACGUGCGCUGGACGCAGGCGACAUGGCCCACGUCCUUGGCGCGUUGGGCAUCCAAGCGCCGACCAACAGCAAUGGCGAGAACGGCGACCUCGUCGACAACUAUGCGCAGUGCCUCCAAGCACUCUCGGUCGUUGUCGAGCAGCCCAUGGUGAUCAAGGCGCUGACGCAGAUCUUGCAGGCCGUGUCGCACCCGGAAGCAACACCACCGACGCCGUCCGCGGUGGUGGAGGCCGACCUAGUUGCGCCACCGCCGCCGGUGCCAGAACCCGAGCCGCACCUUCCGCCGGCGCUCGAGCCGUUGCACCCGGUCAUUGACACGGUCAAGGAGGUGUACGACUACAGCAUGAGCUACUCAGUCGUCCGGUUCCUUGUCACCAAGAUCCAGGACAAGGCCACGUCGCGCCUCUCGACCAUUUUGACCAACCCGACGGUUCAGACCGCGCUCCUCACCGCGCACUCGCUCACGGCCACUGCGUGGCACGCCGCCUGCGAAUACUACCCGCUCGCGACGCAGGUCUCAAACGACGUCGAGCGGCUCCGGGCGGCGGUGCUCUCGCGCGCAUGUGUCCCGCUGCCAGCCACGUCAAUGCCGCUGGAAGAGAUGCUCGUCAACAGCGCCGAGGUCCGGCAGUCGCUCAUCGAGCUCGCGCUCGAGCAAGAGGCGAAGAUCAAGGAGCUCGAGGCCGCGGUGGCUGAGAACGCGUCGUUCUUCAACCAAAUGGCAUCGGCCAUGGCGCAUGGCCCCCAAGUCGCACGCCCCGCGCUUGGCAAUGGCAGCACGUCGCCGCGGUCGCUGCCCAAAGUGCACCCGUUCUAGUCGUUUAUUUAGUCGCAUUUUUAGUCGCCAUACCAACACGAGUUGAAACAAGUUAUAUGCAAGA